AUGUCUCCUUCUCUACUCCUGCCCCUAUUUUGCGCCCUAUCUACCGUAUCCCCCGCCUACAAGAUCCUCGUGUUCGCUCCAACAAUCUCCGCCUCGCACAUGAUCUCGAAUGGGCGGAUCGCCGACGCGUUGGCCAAGGCCGGCCACGAUGUGGUGCUGUUUGAGCCGGACUUUCUGAACAUGUGGCACCGGGUGAAGAAUGCUGACCUUGCCCGGAAAUGGCCGGUUUUCGGGUUCAGCGACGUACUGGUACGGGCUGGUACUGGGUUUUCGGCCGCGUUUGCAGACGAGAGCACAUUUACUUACACAAGUGCCAUGCGCGACUUCACGAAGGCGUUCACGGCAUGUUGCGGAGAACUGCUAGACAAAAUGGAGGAGCUGGAAAAGCUGAAAGCCGAGAAGUUCGACGCAUUUUUCGGGGAGCAGCUGAAUGGAUGCGGACACGGACUGGCGGAAUAUCUGGGGAUCAAGCGAAAAUUCUGGAUAUCGAGUUGUCCCAUAAUGGAUCAUAUGUCAUGGAUUAUCGGCCUUCCCCACCCACUGUCCUACCUACCAUCCGUCGGAAAUGCCGAUUUUGGCGAUCGUCCAACGUUUUCGGAACGGUUUCAGAACAUCAUCGAGCAUCUUGCCAACCAGAUCGGCUUCGGCUACUACUCGCACUACGCCCCAAUCGAUCGCGAGUUCCGGAAGCGAUUUGGACCGGAUUUCCCGUCGAUAACCUCAAUUGAACGAUCGUCUGACGUCAUCUUUGUCGCUACUGACGAGUUAAUCGAUUUCCCGAGGCCGAUAUUCCCUAAUAUCAUUCAUAUUGGUGGGCUGGGGGUGGAGAAUGACGUCGUGAAGCCGCUGGAUCAGAAGUUUGCCCUCGAAAUGGAGAAAGGAAAAGCAGGAGUGGUCUUCUUUUCUUUCGGCUCAAACGUGAACACCUCUCAACUGCCCGCUGAAGUCAUGAAAACAUUGAUCGACGUCUUCAAGUCGUUCGCCGAUCACCACUUCAUCGCCAAGAUCGAUCGUUACGAUAGCGUGUCACCCCUAUUCGCGGAGGGAGCAGGAAACGUUGUUCUGACCCAAUGGGCGCCACAAAGCGCUUUAUUAAAACACCCACGUCUAAAAUGCAUGAUCGCCCACGGUGGCUACAAUUCUAUUAUGGAGGCCGCACAUGCCGGAAAACCGAUGAUUACGAUACCAUUCUUUGCCGAUCAAUUCAGAAACGGUCGCUUGCUUGAGAAAAACGGUUGGGGGAUCCCGGUUCGAAGGCAGGAUUUGUUGGCUGGAGGGCAGAAGCUGAAGGCUGCACUUGAGGAGAUGCUCAACAACACGAAGUAUGCCGAAGGUGCCCUCCGAAUUCAAGCCCUCCUCAAAGCCAAGCCCUUUUCGGCCGCGGAGAAAUUGAUUAAAUGGACCGAAUUCGCUAUCGCCUCCGGCGGCCUUCCCGAAUUGAAAACGCCGGCCGGCGAGCUCGGCUGGGGCCCG